CUUGUUUGCUGACCCAACAAGUAAGAAAGAAAGAAAGAAAGAAAGGAAAAGAAAAGCUCUCUUCUUUGAAUAUGGAGUUUGGUUCAGAAAGAUCUGGUCAUGAAGUCAAGGAUGAGAAGAGAAGUGAAUCUAGUGUUGGAGAUGAAGAAGAUCGUCGUGAACAAGAGAUUGUUACGCAGGAGCCACCCCUGUCUACUACCGAAAGAUCCACAGUGGAGGCUGGGCCAAAUGCUUCUUCCCUAACCAAAAAGGAAGAGGCUGUUGAUGAACUUGAAGUUGCCAAAGCCGAAAUGGGUGAAGUGAUGGAAGAAAACCAACGACUAAAGACGUGUUUGAACCGAAUACUGAACGAUUACCGCGCACUCCAAAUGCAAUUCCACAACAUAGUUGAACAAGAGACAAAAGAUUCUUCUGAUCAGAAAGUGAACAACAACAAUGACCAAUAUCAAAUAGAUGAAUCAAACCUAGUUUCCCUCAGUCUUGGAAGACUUCCAACAAGAAACAAUAAUAAAGUCCCUAAUAAUAAACCAUUGAAAGAGGAAGCAGAAAAAGAAGAUAAAGAAGGCUUGUCCCUUGGAUUAGACUGCAAAUUUGAAACAUCAAAAUCUGGAAUAAGCACAACUGAAUAUUUGCCAAUUCAUCAAAGCCCUAAUAAUAGUGUUGAAGAAGUGCCAAAGGAAGAAGCAGCUGGUGAGAGUUGGCAACCUGGCAAGGGAAUAAAGACAGCUAGAGAUGCUACAGGAGAGGAUGAAGUUUCUCAACAAAAUCCAGCAAAGAAAGCAAGGGUUUGUGUGAGGGCAAGAUGUGACACUCCAACUAUGAACGAUGGAUGUCAAUGGAGGAAAUAUGGACAGAAGAUUUCAAAGGGAAAUCCUUGCCCUCGAGCUUACUAUCGUUGCACGGUUGCACCAUCAUGCCCAGUAAGAAAGCAGGUGCAAAGAUGUGCACAAGACAUGUCCAUAUUAUUCACCACCUACGAAGGCAACCACAACCACCCUCUUCCACUCUCAGCCACAGCCAUGGCCUCCACCACUUCAGCAGCUGCAUCCAUGCUAUUAUCCGGCUCAUCAACCUCACACUCCGGAACAAGGCCUUCCACAGCCAUGACCACCGCAGAUCUUCAUGGAAUGAACUUCUUCCUAUCAGACGGUUCCAAAUUAUCAAAGCAAUACUACCUGUCCCAUCCUGCAGCACUCUCAUCUUCACCUUCACACCCCACCAUCACUCUUGACCUAACUUCCAAUAAUAAUCCAUCCUCAUCAUCUUCUGCUGCUCUUGUUAAAUUCACUUCAAACUCAAACUACAAUAACACACAAAGGUACCCUCUUUCCACAAGCUUAAACUUCAGUUCCUCAGAAUCCAACAAUGCAACAACUUCUUGGAGCAAUAAUGGGUUCCUCAGCUACAACAACACUCUACCAUAUAAUAGCAAUAGGAAUGUGACAAAUGUCCUUAGCAACAUAAACCUUGGAAGACAACAACAACAACCAAUGGAAAACAUCUACAACUCCUACAUGCAAAGGAACAACAAUGUUCCAAUCUCUCCACCACAACAUUCUCUGCCAGAUACCAUAGCUGCAGCGACAAAAGUAAUCACUGCAGACCCCAAUUUUCAAUCAGCUUUGGCAGCAGCACUUACAACAAUUAUUGGUUCUGGAAGCACUACUCAAGGAAACCAUGGUGGUGCAGGGGAAAAUCUGAGUCAGAAAAUGAAAUGGGGUGAACUGUUUCCUUCAUCUUCUUCUGCAUUACCUUCAUCUUCAACAAAAGUCAAUGGUUGUGCAUCAAGCUUCUUGAACAAAUCAGCCGCUAAUACACAACCAGGAACAGCUUUGAUGUUUCUUCAGCCACCUUUGCCUCUUUCUAGCCCCAAAAGCGCUUCUGGGUCUCCAGGAGAUCAUAUAGACAAGAGAAAUUGAUUAUUGGCAUAUUUGAAGAAUGGAUACCCUCUCACAUACAUAUGGGAGAUCAUGUUUUUUCUGUAUGGGAGGUCAUGUUUAAAUCGUGUGUUAAUUUAUUUAUUUAUUGUAGAAUGGAAGAUAGACACAUGAUUUUAAUAUGACCUUAUCAUGUUAAAGUUUGACUAGCUAGGUAGCAAAGUUGGCUUGCAAUUGUGUAAUUAUGAUGGAUAAAUAAUUUAGAGAAUGUAAAAUUAAACAAGAUUGCUGGACAUAAAAUUUCUCCUCUUGAUUUAGUGA